UAACCACUGUGUGUCAUAACAUAACCUUCAAAAGUUGUGAUAAAUGUCAUACGAAUAAAAUACAAAAAUAGAAUUAUUCUAGCAAAAAUGUGAGUUAUGAGUGAUAAAUUGAAAUCAGCUAUUACUAACAAAUAACUGUUCGAAGUAUAUCGUCGACAAUUUUAUCUGAAGUGAAGAGGUUUGACUACUUUCCAAAAAUGGUAGUAGCUUGCCGUACACAAUUAAUUAAAACCGGUAAAAGCGUAACAUUAUCUAAAAAAUUUAGCUAUUCCACGGGAAAUACACCUUUGAACUUUAAAAAUUAUGUUGAUAAAAAAACAGUGCCUCCGAAUAAUAUACCCAAAGUUAGGUUAUAUGAUUUUAAAAGAUUCCAUUCGUCGAGGGAGACCAGGACAACUUUGGCAAAACUCACACCACAAGAGGUGGAUCACAUUUUACGUGCAAACGAAUAUACUCAUGAAUUUUCAAGCGGUUCCGUCAAAUCUUACGAUUCUAAUCAGCUGGCUUCAAAUAACCCUAUCGAAGAUACUCGUGCAGAAGCUUCCUGUUUAAUUACAAGCGGUCUAUUAGUCGGUGUAUUUGAUGGUCACGGAGGAGGUGCUUGUGCUCAAGUUUUAGCCAAAAGACUGUUUCACUAUAUUACAGCUUGUCUGCUCCCACAUGAUCAUUUGAAGGAAUAUGUAACUUCCCUAUCUACACCAAGCCCAUUACAACUAGUUCAAUCAUACAACGACAAAGUACAACUAAUUGAUGAUGUGAGAGACAUUUACAAACAUAAUUUCUUUGAGUUUCUCAAAGAUUUAGUAGAGGUAGGACAGAAGCAAGGAUUCGAGAUGAGAAGGGCAUUAGAAAAAGCUUUUUUAAGGUUGGAUGACGACCUAUCGAGAGAAGCGUUACCAAAAAAUGGUAAAGUGAACAUGAAAACUCUUUCAGUUGCCAUGUCUGGGGCUGUAGCGUGCGUCGCUCACAUUGAUGGGGCUCAUCUACAUAUCGCAAAUGUUGGAGACUGUUGUGCUGUUCUUGGAACCCUGUCGGAUACAAACGCAUGGAUAGCAAACAAAUUAACUCAAGAGCACAAUUAUUACAACAAAACAGAGGUUGAACGCAUCAUCAAAGAACAUCCAUACAAUGAAAGCAGCACUGUAAUUAGAGUGGGCCGACUCCUAGGACAACUGGCACCGUUCAGAGCAAUGGGCGAUUUUUGUUACAAGUGGAGUAAAGAAAUAAUGUAUUCACUUGUGGCCAAAUAUUUCAGUGAAAAUGCAGUCCCACCGAACUAUCAUACUCCCCCAUAUUUAACAGCUAUACCAGAAGUGAUUCACCAUCGUCUAACGCCUCGUGAUAAAUUUCUAGUCAUUGCCUCAGAUGGACUCUGGGACAUCAUAUCACCUUUAGAAGUUGUUCGACUUGUUGGUGAACACAUGAGCGGUAAAUUAACCCUCAGUCCUUUAAAACUGCCGCGAAGAAAUAUGUCUCUGAGUGAAAUUAACGAAUUGUUGCUUCAGAGAAAAGAAGGCCUAAAAACUAAACCAAAAGAUUCGAAUGCAGCUACACAUCUCAUUAGGAACGCUUUGGGUGGAACUGAGUAUGGAAUUGACCAUAGUGAACUGUCUGAGAUGUUGAGUCUACCUGAUGAAGUAGUUAGGGUUUUUAGAGACGAUAUUACAAUAACUAUAGUUUACUUCGACUCGGAAUAUUUAAGACAUUGUCCUCCGUAGUCAUAGUUUCAUAUAUUUAGUGCAGAAUUUUGAAAAUUUUUAAACAUCCAACUGUGGAUUGACAGUUUAAUCUUCCAUAAACUGCACAUUUUUAUGAAGUGGAGAUUUACUUACCUACUAGAAAGGUAGUCAAUUUUUGUAUGCCUUGCUAGAUAUUAAGUAGAUUUUUUAGACUGAUUCUGUGGUUUGUACGUUUUCUUUUUUUGUUGUUGGAAACCCUGUAGUUGCGAUAUGCUGUUAUUUAUUUUUAGUAAUAAAGGAAUACAGUCGAUAUUUAAUGACAAUAAAAUUGUGGGCAAUUGCGUCAUCAAAUUUGUGGUCACCACGUCGCUAUAGGCUUACCCAUGAAAGUUGACCUUUUUACGUACCAUUUUGUAGAAGCUCCAUGUUUUUAGAAACUUUUAUAAGACUUUUCUGUGGUUUAUUACAACCGUUGUAAAAGAUUUGUUUCACAAGCUUGAACGCAACCAAAUAAAUUUGUAACUGUUGUUUU